CAAGGAAACUGAAACCUUGAAAAAUGAACUAUCCUUGCAGAGGAUGAAAGCUCUGUAUGAAAGUCAAAGGGUUCUGGAAGUUGAAAGGAAACUCUUUACAAAUGAAAGGCAAUUGCAAGCUUGUCAGAGUGAGAACAUGAACUUGAGAGUUAUGCUGGAUGAGCUAAAAAUGAAAUAUGAACCUGAAGAGUUACUUAAGGGUGCUGAAAUUAAAAAGAAGAGAGAGAAGAUUCCAGUGGACACUACUUGUGAAUACUUGGACAGCAGAAGUACUUCAGUCAAAGAAGCUGGUCUCACUCAAUUGGUCAGUAAGGAGGAAACGAAGAUAACCUCCAAGAACUUGGAGCCAAGUGAUGCUUCUCCAACAAAACAAGCUCUUGAAGCACCACCAAUAAAUAUAGCUCUUCAUCCAAUGCAGAAAGUACCUGAACCUGAAAGAAAGAGAGCUAAAACUAAAGACGAAAAACAUGAUGCUUUUACUUCAUGUAGCAGAAGUGGGAAUAAUUCCUUGACUUCAGCUGCCCCCAGGUUAACAGAUGAGUCCAGAUUUGAAACUAUGGGAGAAGAUAAGAAAGAAAAUAAAAACAUGACUGAGAAGAAAAGACAAAAGAAAAAAUAUACGACACUGCAUGUAUCCUCUAAGCCAACUGCAGAAACACAAUGUGCUCAGCAGUAA